UUCCUGCGCCCGGCCGCCAGUUGCCGGUUGCUAAGCAGUUAUCGUUGUUUCUGUGGCGAUUGCAGAGGCUGUUGCUAAUUGGAGAAGCCCCACUAAGCUGCAGCAUCUUGCCUCUUCUGAUCCUGCCCUGCUCUUGGCGUGUGAAGAGCAAACUAGGCUGGUCUGCCCAGCCUCCCUCCCCCACCCUCUCCAAAUAGCCUCGCGAUCUGGGAAGUCUGGGCUAGAACCGCGCUCUCCCUUACCUGGCGCUUUGCACUCGGGCGUCCUUUGCACUGUGGUGGCGCCAAACUCACCGUCAGAUCCCACCUGCCCCCGUGGUGGGGAGCCCCUGGACAGACCAUGACUACUGCUAAGGAGGCGAGCGCUUCAGGGAAAUCCGUGCAGCAGCACGAGCAGGAGCUGGUGGGGAGUAAUCCUCCACAAAGGAAUUGGAAAGGAAUAGCAAUUGCACUGCUUGUGAUUCUGGUUAUCUGCUCCUUGAUCGUCACCUCGGUCAUUCUGCUGACACCAGCGGAAGAUAAUAGUCUGUCUCAAAAGAAGAAGGUCACUGUGGAAGAUCUUUUCAGUGAAGAUUUCAAAAUUCAUGACCCUGAGGCCAAGUGGAUCAGUG